AUGAAUGGUCUAUCGCUUCUUUAUCCAACAUGCUUACCCGGGAAUUCGUCAGUGAAACUGAUUGAUGACGAUGAAACGGCUUCGGUGUCAUCCGGAGUCUCGCCUGCACCUUCAGCACAGGACUCGAAAUCACCUACAGACAGUCAUGUGAAACGCCCGAUGAAUGCAUUUAUGGUGUGGAGUCGAGGACAACGGCGAAAAAUGGCGCAGGACAAUCCAAAAAUGCAUAAUUCGGAAAUAAGCAAGCGACUUGGUGCCGAAUGGAAGCAGCUUUCUGACAAGGACAAACGCCCAUUUAUCGAUGAGGCGAAAAGGUUGCGCUCCAUACACAUGAAAGAGCAUCCGGACUACAAAUAUCGUCCACGACGUAAGCCCAAAUCCGCAGUGAAGAGCCAAAAUCGACUGCCCCUUGGCAUUGCUCUACCGCCUUUCGCAACUCAAGCCAUUUUCGCCAACUACAGCCCCUUGGACAGUAUCAAGGCGCCGGAUUUCACCAGCUAUUACUCAUCAUUUUUCCCAAAUACAAUGUUGUCCACAUCGUAUACGCCGUACGACGUAAUGGCCGCAUAUGCCCGUCAGGCAGCAGCCGUUGCUGCAGCCUCACAACCGCAUUCGACAAACUCCCUGCCACCUCCGACCUGA